GGGCCUGCCGCCGGCCCCGCUGGCACCGCUGGCCCCGCUCGGCCGGUGGUCGGCCCCAGGGGAUAGAGAACUCCGAGGGGCAGCGGCGGCUCAGAACUGCAGAGGGAGGAACGCGGCCUCCGCACCGCCGGCCCUGCUCGUGGACGCCCGUUGUCACUUUGCUGGACAAGAGUACCACCUGGUGCCGCGUCCCCAGCUCGUGGCCGCGAGGGGAGCGAUCGAGGCGCGAUCCGGCCCCCGCACUCUCGCCGUUUCCGCCGCUGCCUCGCCCAGGACGCCUCUGAAGCCCUGGGUCCCGUGGAGCAGGCCGCUUCCGCCGACGCCCCUCCCAGCCUGCGGUGGACGGCCAGAGCCAGCCGAGCCCGAGGGAUGCCCUGGGCAUCGGGCCUGUCGGAAGGCCAGGACCCCGCCUUGGGGUGCCGGCAAGCGUUGAGGCCUGCUGCAGGGGGCUUGGGCCAGCCUCAGCAUUUGGGCCCACCCAGCUGCUGACCUCGGCAGGAUGGGGGUCAUCAGGUGCCUUCUUGCUGUCCCAGCUGUCCACACAGUUUGACCACAGCUUAGAAGGAGGCAGUGGAUAUGCCUGCACCCUGCCCCUCUGCUGGAGGGGUCAUGCUCUAUCCCACUCCUGUGUUCAGGGGCUUCUGUUUCAGAGGCUGAGGGGAUCCUGCAGCAGAGCACCAGGACCAGAGGACCAGCUAUGACCAGUUCCCCCGUCUCCAGAGUCGUCUACAACGGCAAAAGAAAUAGCAGCCCGCGCUCGCCCACCAACAGCAGUGAGAUCUUCACCCCCGCCCACGAGGAGAAUGUGCGCUUUAUUUAUGAAGCCUGGCAGGGUGUGGAGCGAGACCUGCGCAGCCAGCUGUCAGGUGGCGAGCGGGGCCUGGUGGAGGAAUACGUGGAGAAGGUUCCCAACCCCAGCCUGAAGACCUUCAAGCCGAUUGACCUGAGUGACCUGAAACGCCGGAACACGCAGGAUGCCAAGAAGUCCUAGAGUGCCAGCGCCCUCCCCUGGCCGCUGGAAGAUCAGGGUGCACUUGAUGUUGGCUUCCUCCUGUCCUGCAGGCCCUCCCAGGAGGAGGGAGGGGCCGUGCUCCAGUGGGCUGCAAGCCCUAGGGUCAGCAGAAUUGAUGGCCGAGGCCACUUCUCUCUGCGCCCCUCCUGUCCUCCCUGGGGAUCUCAAGCUGCCCCUGUCACUUGGAGGGGCGUCUGGCCCUGCCUGCCCCCGCCAGAGGCCCUGACCCCAGUCCCUUCUCCUCACCUGCUGCUGCCCCUCCCUUCUGUUCCUGUCCACUGCGGGAUCAGGAAGGAGAAAAGGGGGCCUGUUUCCCAGGUUGGUGGGACUGGCUGGUUUUGUCCUUGAAAUGACCAGGAAGUGGGACAAGCACAGCUGCACCUGCACUCAACUUGGGUCCCCCACAGACCUCUGCUAGUCCUCUGCCUAGACACUUGGGGAGCCUCCCCCACCCUGCCCCCACUGUCCAGCCUCCCCUUCCCUGCCUCAGCUUCAGGAUGGCACCAGGUUUCGGCCUGAGACAGUACUGACCUCCCUAAAGGGGUCCCCAGCAACCAGACCCUGCCUGGUGCCUAAGCCCGGUGGCCACAGAGGCACCCUUGGGCCAGGGGUGCCAAGGCUGAGCUGAAAUGGUGCUGUUGGGCCUGUCCUGGCUCUCUGGAGUGUGUGGGAGGGUCACCAGGGCCCCUUUUUUUUUCAUGUACCCUCUGGAAGCCAAGUGUCUGUGUGGCCCUGGAGCCGGGGGGUCUGUGAAUAAACAUGGGUGGCACUGGGA